AUGGAAAAAGUUGCGUUAGCUGAAUUAAGCAGCAGAGAGAAGAAAGAUGCGUCGAUACAGCCACGAAUUGUCGAACAUAAGAAGAAUCGUAUUUUGUACCGUUCGCAUACUGGAUCAGAGAUUUCCGCAUCGCCGCUGCCUGAUGUUCAAUCUCUUAAUAUUUCUGAGAGACUAUCGAAAUAUGAAAAAAGCUUCUCAUCAAGUAGCUCACUUCCUGAUGAUAUAAAACUUAAGAAUAAUCGUCAACCGAUAACAGUUAACUUAGCUAAAGCAACAGUUGUACAGGUGGAACCUUAUUCGUCGAAAAGUUCCUUCUCAGACAAAUCGUCUUUAAGCGAGGCUGAGGCAGAGAACACUGCUGCAGCUAAACGAAUUUUGCCAGAAAACAACGAGCAAUGCGUCGACUCAACAGAAUUUUAUUAUCGUGUCCUAGAAUUUCUUUCUUAUGCGUCUAUCGAAAAAAUUGACGACGAAAAUUUUAAUCUAAGCGGAUGCAGACGAAGCAAAAUUAAGAAAUGUAACAGUUCUAUUCAAAAAAAAUUUCCUUCAAGCGAAUUCAUUUUUGAUUUUAGUAAAUUUUUAACACCUCAGGAGGUUUUGAAGAAAUUUACGGCCAUAACUGACGUCAUUACAAAAGCUCGAGCUCAAAGUUUGAAUGUGAUGGUUGUGCAUGCAAGAAGGGAUAUUUGUGAAGCGAUUGUAGCUCAGUACAUUAUGUAUUACCAUGAUUUACCUUUAAAAAAUGUUAUUAAUUAUCUAGAGAAUAUAAUCGGUGGACAGUCGAUAGAAUUCGAAGAUAAUCUUAAUGAAGCUUUGAAAAUUUUUGAUGCGCAAAGAACAAAUAAACGUUGUCUUGGUGAACGAUAG